GGCAUUGCUCUCGCUGACCGCUAUCGUGCCACUCUCCGCUCUGCCAUGCGGUUGCUAGCACGUGUGCAUUCUAGCUGACUACAGAUGCUACUGUCUACCUGCAAAUGGCAAUUGUGAAGAGAAGAAGGCUUGUCUUCCUUAUCUUUCUAGCAGGGUGGCUGGUAGGCGUUGUUUACUACAGUAUCCAUGAAAUGGGCGGAGGAGGAGGAGGAGGAGGAGGAGGCAGUGGACCGGUUGACGACAGCUCUCCCUGGCCUCGGCUGGGCCGAAAGCCUCUGAGAAAGAGGUACCGCAUGCGGCAGGGUCGCAUCCACCUAGAUCUAGAUGAAAGAUCCUAUGUGACGGAUAAGGGUUCAGCCAAGGGUCUCGCGCCGGGGGACAAUGCCCAAUCCCGACAUGCCUUCAAUCGGACAGCUAGUGACAAGAUACGGAGCGACAGGUCGAUUCCAGACACUAGGCACCAGCUAUGUAAAGCAGCGCUUUAUGAUGAAGAUCUUCCUGCCACCUCCGUCAUAAUCACUUUCCACAACGAAGCUAGAUCAACGCUACUCAGAACUGUGAUCAGCGUCUUAAACAGAAGUCCUGUUGAGUUGGUCAAGGAGGUGAUCCUGGUGGACGACUACAGUAACGAUCCAGCCGACGGACAAUUGUUAACAUCUAUCCCAAAAGUCAAGCUGCUCAGAAAUCAAAGGCGAGAAGGUCUUGUGAGAUCGCGUGUAAGAGGAGCAGACCUGGCCAAAGGCGAGAUACUGACUUUUCUCGACAGCCAUUGUGAAGCUAACAUCGACUGGCUUCAACCCCUUCUACAGAGGGUGAAAGAGAAUCCCUCUGCCGUGGUCAGUCCCGUGAUAGAUGUGAUUAGCGAUGACACAUUCCAGUACUUCUCUUCUUCUGCGGAACUUAGGGGAGGCUUUGACUGGAGUCUGCAUUUCAAGUGGGAACCAAUUCCUAAAGACGCAAGAGGCAAGAUGAAAACACCCAUUGAUGCUAUCAAGACACCUGUGAUAUCUGGAGGCCUAUUUGUGGUCAACAAAACAUGGUGGGUACAGCUUGGAAAAUACGAUCAGAUGCUUGAUAUCUGGGGAGGAGAAAACUUUGAGAUCUCAUUCAAAACAUGGAUGUGUGGUGGAAGUUUAGAGAUAACGCCCUGCAGUCGCGUGGGGCACGUAUUUAGGAAAUUUCACCCCUAUACUUUUCCAGAUGGCAAUGCAGCCACAUAUAUAAGGAAUUCUCGUAGGAUAGCGGAAGUGUGGAUGGAUGAAUUCAAGCGGUAUUAUUAUGCUGCCAGACCAGGUGCUAAGACCACAUCAUUCGGCAGUAUCGCUGAGAGGCAGGCGUUGAGAGAAAGCCUUAAGUGCCAGUCAUUUCGAUGGUACAUAGAAAAUAUCUACCCAGAGCUAGAGCUACCCAGUGUGGACGAGCUGGCCUCAGGCCAGAUAAAACAGGGAGAGCUCUGCUUAGACGCCCAUAAGAAGCAGCCGGGGGAGCGACCUGUCGUUUCGGAGUGCCUCUCCCCACGAGACUCGCAAGAAUGGACAUACAACAAGCGAGGAUUUCUCAUUACCUACAGUAGCCUAUGCUUGGCUGUCAGCGACAAGCAACAUGUUAUAGUGGAUCACUGCAGCAAGGAAGAUCAGCAACAGCACUGGCACAGAAAAGGUAGAGCAAUUAUCCAUGCCAAAUCCAAGAAGUGUAUGGACAGUCUAAAUUCAGCCACCAUGGGACUUGCCGUGUUAGACUGCUCACCGGGUACUUACACACAGCUGUGGGACUUCACAUUAGAACUACAAACUCAACACGUAGUGUGAAGGUAAAGUCAAGAAAACACAGGAGUCACCGGGUGAAAAGACAUAAUACAGAAAUAUGAGAAGGUCAUGCUGACGGAAUCAGAAGCAAACGGCUGGUGAAGAAAAGACAGACUAGAAACGAGUGUGUAAUGAUAGAAGCCCGAUGACGGUGGGGGAAGGGUGAGCUUACGGCAAGGGAAAGACGAACAAUGGCCCCAAAUCCAGACAAACAAAUAUAUAGAUCCACAGACUGGCUGGAUAAUUCAAAUACAUUGUGGUAAUUAAAAAUAUUUCUCAUCAUUACUUUAUAUAGAUAUCCGUGUGAUACACACAGAGUUACAAUGCAGUAAUACGUUUUUUCAGUAUUAUUCAUUCCUAGUUCAUAACCAUAUGGGAUCAUAUCUAAGUGUAAUUGGAGAUUUAAUGGUAAUGAUUUUAAUUUGUUAUUUGAUGAGUUGCUGAUUUCACUUUCUGAACAUAUCAAAGACAUUUAUGUGUAAAUGUGAGGGUACUCGCGUUCACUUUACAAAAAGAAUUUUUAUGGACACAUCACUUACUAAAGCCAAUACUCUUAGAAUAUAAACAUACAUAUAUUUUUUUAUGUGCCAGGAUAAAGGUUUUGGUAGCUUUGUCAAUGUCUUGAAUGUUAUAUAGAUAGUAGUCAUCUACACAUUUGCUUGUACCGUUGUACGACUGUUUAGCUGAAAUCUAACAGUGAAACAGUGAAUGAAUGACUUUUGCGCCCUCUUCAGGUGAUUUUUACAACAUGUGUCAACUCGUGUUGAGUGACCACGUUAUGUGGAACAACCACGUUUUCUGCAGAUUGAAAUUUACGACUAGCUACUUACAUUAAAAUCCAUGAAAGACUAGCAGUAGAUAGAUUUAAACUGAAACCAUAUCAUAGUUUGAUUAUUUAGCAUAGUGAUGAUACAGAGGUAGCCACAGUAGCUUUAUCAAUGAUAAUUGUGCCUUUACGAAUUGACCACCGAUCUAUGUGAUUCUUACCACCAAUAAGUCCUGAAUUUUCCAAACAUUUUACCAGCGUAUUCACCACAAAACAUGAAUAAAAUCACACUAGCCUAUCAUGGCAAUAACUGCAACAUUUCAUAGAAAGUAUGCUUAGAUAAUUGUUAGAUAAAUUUACCAAUGAAUACGAAGUGAUCAUUCUAAUAAUUCUCAGAUAAUGGGCUUUUCAGUCUUAUAGUGAAAUAGUCUCAACAAUUAUACAUCAUAAAUGUAUAAUGUGUUAUAUAUUGGUUAAAUUAUUGCAUGGUAUUCAACUGACCAUCUGUAAAUAUGUGCAGUUGUAUAGAAAAGGUGCGUUUUUUCUGCUGUAUAUAUUUGUAGCUGUAUAAAUGAGUGUUCCUGAAAUGCAUUGUUGUAAAUAAAUACUGUGUGCUAAUAGGAUGACUUGUGACAAUAGAAACCGAACAUUAUUAUUGCUAUACCUAA